AUGGGGGCCCAGCGUGACCUUGAAAUCCCCUGCCCCAGAUGCGGGGAAUCGGAGGCAAAAUUACGAUCCCAGGCCACGAAUGCAGGCCUCCAAAAAGGGGAGACUGGCAAGGAACAGCAGGGGAGUGGCCGAGGAGCAGAUGGGGAGCUGCCAUCGACGUCCAAGCGUCAAUCCCAAGAUGGCGAAGGACAACCUCCCAAGAGACGCCGGCCGGAGGACGGAGGUGCGUCGGAGACGAACCGGAGAGGGUGGACCGCGUUGCACUGUGUGGCAUUGAGAGGAGACACGGAGAGGAUCAGGGAGCUGCUGGACAGAGGACUGGACAGGAGGGCGAGGAAUGUGCAUGGAGAUACGCCCCUCCACCUGGCCCUGGCCCGUGGGAGGGAGGCCGCGGCAGAACUGCUGGCGGACGCCGACUGCUUCACGGAUCUCGUGAAUGACGACGGGUGCACCCCUCUGCAUCUCGCUGCCGAGAGGGGGUUCGUGAAUGUCAUCCGUAUCCUGCUCGCGAGGGGAGCAGACGCAAGUGCGAAAGACAGAGAUGAAAGCACGCCCCUCCAUCUUGCCUUGAUCAGGGGGAAGGAGGCCGCGGCGGAGGUGCUGCUGGAGGCCGCCCCCGAAUGCGACGGGCCGGACAUUGAUGGCCGCACCCCUCUGCACUACGCUGCGAGAGCAGGUCUCCCGCGGAUAGUUCAAUCUUUGCUGUCGAGGGGUGCGCGUUUGAAGCUUGAAGAUAGAGAUGGACGCUGUCCCCUGUACUAUGCCCUAGCGGAAGGGCACGACGGAGCGGCGAGGGUGAUCCUGGCGACCUACGCGUGGAGGGACAUCGCGGUGCAUUGGGAGGAGAUGAGGCUCCCACAGGAAGAGGAGGCGCGCGGCGUCCGGCUGCUCUCCGAGUGCGAGUCCGAGAUGAGGGAGGCCCGGGUGGAGGGGUCCCGCCUCUCCCUCCGCGACCUCGCCCGCCGACACCCCUCCCGCCUGGCCCGGCGCCUCUCCGACGAGGCGAUCCGGCGGCUCUCGGACCGGGACCUCCUGGCGCGGGACUUACCGCUCUUCGGCGACCUCCUCCUCGUCCGGCUGGGGGAGGUCCGGGAGAGGAGGGCCCUGGAAGACCGCUUCCUGCGCUGCUUCCCCCUCCUCUGCCCACCCCUGCCCACCACCUGCACCGACGUCCUCCUCGCGUGCCUGGCGGACGACGACCUGAGGCACUUCGCCCGGGCCGCGGAGCUCUAGUCCCCGAGAUUCCGGUGGGGUGCCUCGUGACGGGAAAGGGAAAAUAAAGAUCACAGGACUUCGCUCGAACUGUAUGAACCUGUUGUUUCUGAAUGUAGAAAGUGCUCGAAAUAGUUUACUGCACCUUGUCUGCCGGAUAUGUACCUCUGGGAGAUUUGUAUUCAUGAACAACGGUUUGUCUUAUUCAAACAUUGUCAUUCUGGUUCAGAAACCUUUCAAAUAGCUUGUACAUCAUGUGCGAAAUGCUU